AUGUCUUAUUUGAAUAAUCCUGCCAUUGUUAUGGAUAACGGUACUGGUUUGACCAAGUUAGGUUAUGCCGGUAACGAUUCUCCAUCCUGGAUUUUCCCUACUUCUAUUGCCACUUCUCAAGCCAGCGGUGCCAAGACUAGUUCAAAUCAAUCGAACACUGCUAGCGGUGCUGCUUCUUCUGGUGGUUCUGGUCAAAUUAACAACCCUUACUUUGGUAAUUCCACUUCUGCCACUUCAUUUGGUAACAAUUUGUCUUCAAAUAAUCUAUUAUUAUCAAAUAAUUUAGCUGGUAAAAGAGGUACCGAGGAUUUAGAUUUUUAUAUUGGUAAUGAAGCUUUGAUAGCAUCUCAAGGUCCAUCCUACUCUUUGAGCUAUCCAAUUAGACAUGGUCAAAUUGAAAAUUGGGAUCACAUGGAAAGAUUCUGGGAAAAUUCGAUUUUUAAAUAUCUAAGGGCAGAACCAGAGGAUCAUUUCUUCUUAUUGACUGAACCACCUUUAAACCCUCCAGAAAACAGAGAACAAGUGGCCGAAAUAUUCUUUGAAUCAUUCAAUUGUGCAGGUUUAUAUAUUGCUGUGCAAGCUGUUUUAGCCUUGGCCGCCUCUUGGACAUCCUCACAAGUUACCGAUAGAUCAUUGACAGGUACUGUUAUUGAUUCUGGUGAUGGUGUCACUCACGUUAUUCCAGUUGCUGAAGGUUACGUUAUUGGUUCUGCCAUUAAAAAUAUCCCAAUUGCAGGUAGAGACAUUACUUUAUUUAUUCAAUCUUUGUUAAGAGAACGUGGUGAAGCUGAUACAUCUUUAAGAACUGCCGAACGUAUUAAACAAGAAUAUUGUUAUGUUUGUCCUGAUAUAGUAAAAGAAUUCAAUAAAUUUGAUAGACAACCUGAAAAGUUCGCACAAUUCAUCAUAGAGAAUCAAGACAAGACUAAGCAAAAAGUUGUUGAUAUUGGUUACGAAAGAUUUUUGGCUCCUGAAAUUUUCUUCAACCCUGAAAUUGCUUCUUCCGACUUCUUGACACCAUUGCCAACCGUUGUUGAUCACACCAUCCAAGCUUGUCCUAUUGAUGUCCGUAAAGGUUUAUACAAUAACAUUGUACUAUCUGGUGGUUCAACAAUGUUCAAAGAUUUCAGCCGUCGUCUACAGAGAGAUAUCAAAUCCAUUGUAAACAGCAGAAUCAUCCAGAAUGAAGCAGUAACAGGUGUCAAAUCAACUGGUGUUGACGUUCAAGUUAUUUCACACAGAAAACAAAGAAAUGCCGUUUGGUUCGGUGGUUCCUUACUUGCUCAAACCGCAGAAUUCAAGAGUUAUUGUCAUACUAAGAAGGACUAUGAAGAAUACGGUCCUGAAAUUGUCAGAAACUUUAGUUUGUUCAAUAUGGUUUAA